UCUUCUUCUUAUGAGAGAGAGAGAGAGAGAGAGAGAGAGAGAUGGCGGAGAGAGAGGAGAAGGUGAAGUACGAUGAGAAGAGAGGGAGAGAAGGGAUAGUGGAGGUGAAUCCCAAGCCGAAGAAGGGGGUGACGUCCAGGGUGGUGGACUACAUAGAGAAGCUGAUUGUCAAGUUUAUGCACGACUCUUCUCAGCCUCUCCACUAUCUCUCUGGCAACUUCGCUCCCGUCGAGGACGAGACCCCUCCCGUCGCUGACCUCCCUGUCGUCGGCCAUCUCCCUGAUUGCUUGAAUGGAGAAUUCGUUCGCGUGGGCCCCAAUCCUAAGUUUGCCCCUGUCGCCGGAUACCACUGGUUUGAUGGAGAUGGCAUGGUUCAUGGUAUGCGGAUAAAAAAUGGCAAAGCUACUUACGUCUCUCGCUAUGUGAGGACGUCGAAACUUAAGCAAGAGGAGUACUUUGGAGGAUCUAAAUUUAUGAAGAUCGGAGACCUUAAAGGGCUUUUUGGUUUACUCAUGGUCAAUAUGCAAAUGUUGAGAGCAAAACUGAAGAUACUAGAUGUUUCAUAUGGAACAGGGACAGGCAAUACUGCACUCAUAUAUCACCAUGGAAAACUCUUGGCGCUUUCAGAGGCCGAUAAACCUUAUGUCCUCAAAGUUUUGGAAGAUGGCGACUUGCAAACUCUUGGAAUGCUUGAUUAUGAUAAGAGACUUGCUCAUUCCUUUACAGCCCAUCCGAAGGUCGAUCCUUUUACAGGAGAGAUGUUCACCUUUGGGUAUUCGCAUAUGCCACCAUAUAUCACCUACAGGGUUAUUUCAAAAGAUGGAUUCAUGCAUGAUCCAGUACCAAUUACCAUUUCAGAUCCCGUCAUGAUGCAUGACUUUGCCAUUACAGAGAAUUAUGCAAUUUUCAUGGAUCUUCCUCUUUAUUUCAGGCCCAAGGAAAUGGUUAAAGAUAACAAGCUAAUAUUUACAUUUGAUGCAACCAAAAAAUCUCGCUUUGGGGUACUUCCACGUUAUGCAAAGAAUGAGCUUCAAAUCAGAUGGUUUGAGCUUCCAAACUGCUUCAUUUUUCACAAUGCCAAUGCAUGGGAGGAGGAAGAUGAAGUUGUUUUGGUUUCUUGCCGUCUUGAGAAUCUUGAUCUGGACAUGGUCAAUGGGACUGUCAAGGAAAAGCUCGAGAAUUUCACAAAUGAACUGUAUGAAAUGAGAUUCAACAUGAAAACUGGCCUGGCUUCACAAAAGAAGCUGUCUGCGCCUUCUGUCGAUUUUCCGAGGAUAAAUGAGUGCUACACCGGCAGGAAACAAAGGUAUGUGUACGGAACCAUUCUGGAUAACAUUGCAAAGGUUACUGGAAUUGUGAAGUUUGAUCUGCAUGCUGAGCCAGAGGAAGUGAAAACGAAGAUUGAGGUUGGAGGAAAUGUUAAAGGUGUGUUUGACCUGGGACCAGGUAGAUUUGGUUCUGAAGCUAUUUUUGUCCCUCGAGAGCCUGGCAUCACUUCUGAAGAAGAUGAUGGGUACCUGAUAUUCUUCGUACAUGAUGAAAACACAGGGAAGUCGGCAGUAAAUGUAAUUGACGCGAAAAACAUGUCAUCUGACCCUGUUGCAGUUGUUGAAUUACCCCACAGGGUUCCUUAUGGCUUCCAUGCCUUCUUCGUGACUGAGGAACAACUUCAGGAACUGUCUAAGCUGUAAGUCUCCCCAGCAUGAACUGUUAGGAAUGCAGAUGUUGCGGGGGUUAGGCAUAUUGCUGUACAGCUGCUACAGCUGCUGCAAUAGUAUGAUAUUUCACGGACAGACAUCUUUAAGCUAAUUAUGAUGGGCAUACAAAGAACGGAUAUCAUUGUCGAUGAGAUGCUCAAUUGUCGUUAAAGGCUAUGUUAUAUCCUAGAAAUUGGUCCUUUUGAUUUAA